AUGAUCACCGUUCCAAACGUCGUUAACCUCAAUCUUACCGGUCAAUGGAGAGAAAAUGGUGGAAGAAUUUGGCAUUGCACUCAGAAUGGCCAUCAUUUCACAUGGACUCAAGAAGGCACUGGCCGAGUUGCUACUGGUAUUGCUGUCCCAAAGGUGAACUCUUCUGAAUUUGCUGUUGUCUUGACUUUUGACAACACUGUUCAUUGGUUGUUGAAGCCAUCUCCAGAUCACAAUCAAUUGCAUGGACCAAGUGACACUUUCACUCGUGUUUUGCCUUUGGUUGCCGAAGCUCCAUUUGGUGGCUAUCAAGAAAAGAGUGGUAAGGUUUGGCAAGUGACUGCUUCAAGCCCAUCUGCUUUCGUUCUCCACAAUCAACAAGAUGGCAGAAAUGCUGAUGGUUUCUUCUCAAGAGAUCACUCCACUGGAAUGUACACUGUCUUUAUCAACUUCCAUAACAAUGGACAAGACCACUUGUUGAAGAUUGUGACCAAUACUUUGGCAUCUUUGCCAUUGAGCAAUGGAGAUGUUUUUACAAAGAUUUAUUAA